AUCCUGGCGGCCCUGAACCCCUGGGGCUGCUCAGUGGAACCCACCUUGGUGUCUUCCCUUCCCCAUCCCAGGGUGAAUCGUUCUGAGAUUUGGCAUCCAACCUCAGGUCAAAGUCACUUAAUAUUCAAGGUCUUGCCUCAGUGAACUGGUCGCCUCUGCUUCUCCUGGAAAAGUCUGGAAGUUUAAAUUAAGCUGGACUUUCUGAGGAUUUUCACAGGCAGGGCUGAGUGAUUUUGGUGGGUCCUGGGGCCACAUUCCUCCUGGGCAGAGACACUCGGCCACACUUGCCCCUUCCUGGAAGUUCUGUGCAGUGGUAGCCACAGGCUUCAGCUCUGAACUCCCCCAAACUCUACAAAUUCAACAGAGGUGGAGGUGGGUAGCUGACCCCACAUCCCCACAGGCCCCACCCUACCUGUGGUGACCAGGGACACAGCCCAGGAAAUCCAGAGUCCCCGCUGGCAGCUGCCAUGGGCCCCACCUCAUCUUUUCCCAAAACUUUCUGACCCUCAACUAGGAAAUCCCGACAGGUACCUCACCCGUAAGCUGCCCUGUGAUGUCCAGCUGGGGAUACCCUGCCAGCCUGCAGUGGUCCAGACCUAGAAGGACCCAGUGUCCCAGAGGAAAUGGUGUGGACAGUGGGCCUGGCUCCCUUCUCCUCCUGGGUCAGGUUUUGGGGUCUCCAAUGAAGAGGCCUCUCGUGGCCCGUGACCCCACAGUGGGCACCAGCUGUUCUCAGCUGCUUUUCUCACUUUAUCCCUUUCUUACUUCUCCUUCUUGCUGAAAGCAGUCUUGGUAGGAUGUGUCCACAUAGGCCCCUGAUUCUGGCCUCAGACACUUGGAACUGUGGCCAUGUAGUUGAGAGAGGCGAUGUCCAGGGAAGUGUGAGGGUUUCAGACCUGGGGGCCCAGAGCUUGUUCCUGGGAGGAGUGUCCAGAGGGAGGGUUCCCAGAGUCCAGGGAAUGCCCAGGAAGGCUCCUCAGAGCUGAACUUGCCCUGAGUGGGCUAAUGGCCUCUACCCCCAUGGGCCCCGCGUGCACAGUGGGUGUCUGUCACCCCACCCUGCCCAGCUGACCAGGGUAGCAAUGGAUGGGAGUGGUGGCAAACCCUGGCCUCUCAGAGCGGCCUUGGCCAAGAAGACCCAGCUGCUGCCCACAAUAGGCUGCAGGAUACACCCGGAAGGCUCUUCAGAACCAGACCAGGGAUACACCAACUGCAGGAUGGGGCAAUACCUCUCCUGGGCACCCAGCCUACAGACCUGAGGCCACGUCCACCUGGAGCCCUGUCACCAGAGCUUCAUAGCAGCUUAACCCUAACAUGCAUGCCUGGGAGCAGCCCAGAUAUAUUCCACGGGUGGCUGAGUAGACAAGCAAUGCAUGUCCUCACCGUGGGGCAUGGCCACAGAAACCAGCCACAGAAACCGUCCACGGACACUGCGACCACGUGCACAGAUGCCCAGAGUACGCCAAGUGGGAUGCCAGCUCCAGCUCCAGCAGGCUGCCUGGAGAACAGGCCCAAGGCUGAGGAGGGGCGGCCUUGGUGAUGGAGGUUCUGGAUCCUACUCUGAUGCUGUCCCAGAGUUUUUUGAGGAAUCACCAUUGCAGGAAACGUGGUAACAGGCAGCAUGGCCCACACCCUAGGACCAGAGUGGCAGGCGGACCAUCUCGAGGCUGAGAGGCCCAAGUGGGACAACAAGUUCCAGUACCUUCUGAGCUGUGUUGGGUUUGCUGUCGGGCUAGGGAACAUCUGGAGGUUCCCAUACCUGUGCCAGACGCACGGGGGAGGGGCCUUCCUCAUCCCCUACAUCAUCGCCCUGGUCUUGGAGGGCCUCCCGCUCUUCCACAUUGAGCUUGCCAUUGGCCAGCGGCUGCAGCAGGGCUCCAUCAAGGUGUGGACGGCCAUCUCCCCCUACCUCAGCGGAAUAGGGCUAGGCUGCCUCACCGUGUCCUUCCUGGUCAGCCUGUACUACAAUACCAUCCUUACGUGGGUGCUGUGGUACUUCCUCAAUUCCUUCCAGUACCCGCUGCCCUGGAGCUCAUGCCCACUGGACCUUAACAGGACAGGGUUCGUGGAGGAGUGCCAGGGAAGCAGCGCCAUGAGCUACUUCUGGUACCGGCAGACGUUGAACAUCACAGCUGACAUUAAUGACAGUGGCUCUGUCCAGUGGUGGCUGCUGGUCUGCUUGGCUGCCUGCUGGGCAGUUGUGUAUGUGUGCAUCAUCAGAGGCAUCGAGACCACAGGGAAGGCGAUUUAUUUCACAGCUUUAUUUCCCUACCUGGUCCUGACAGCCUUUCUCAUCAGAGGGCUUACCCUGCCUGGGGCCAUUGAUGGACUGACCUACUUGUUCACUCCCAAUAUGCAAAUUCUCCAAAACCCCCGUGUGUGGCUGGAUGCAGCCACCCAGAUAUUCUUCUCUCUGUCCCUGGCCUUUGGAGGACACAUCGCUUUUGCAAGUUAUAACCCCCCAAGGAACAACUGUAGGAAUGAUGCUGUGGUCAUCGCCCUGAUCAACAGCAUGACCUCCCUGUAUGCGUCCAUCACCGUUUUCUCUGUCCUGGGAUUCAAGGCCACCAAUGACUAUGGGCACUGCCUGGACAGAAACAUCCUCGGCCUCAUCAACGAGUUCGAUCUCCCAGAGGAGAGCAUCUCCAGGGACAUGUACCCAGCAGCCCUCACAUACCUGAAUGCCACUCAGCCACAGAGGGUGGCCCAGCUCUCUCUGAAGUCCUGCCACCUGGAAGACUUUCUAGAUAAGAAUGCUGCGGGCCCAGGUCUGGCCUUCAUUGUCUUCACUGAGGCUAUCACCCACAUGCCUGGGGCUCCUGGCUGGGCCGUGCUAUUCUUUGGGAUGCUGUUCACCUUGGGUCUGUCGUCCAUGUUCGGGAACAUGGAGGCGAUUAUCACUCCACUGGUGGACAUGGCAGUCAUGCCCAGAUGGGUCCCCAAGGAGGCCCUGACUGGGCUGGUCUGCCUGGUCUGCUUCCUCUCUGCCAUCUGUUUCACACUGCAGUCUGGGAACUACUGGCUGGAGAUUUUCGACAAUUUCGCAGCUUCCCUGAACCUGCUUGUCUUUGCCUUCCUUGAGGUCGUGGGCGUGGUUUACGUCUACGGGAUGAAACAGUUCUGUGACGAUGUCGCGUGGAUGACUGGGAGGCGGCCCGGACUCUACUGGCGGGCCUCGUGGGCAGUUGCCAGCCCCCUGCUCUUGCUGACCAUCUUUGUGGCCUACCUCGGCUUCCUGGCCCAGAAGCCCCCAAGCUACAGGGCCUGGAACCCCCAAUAUGGGCAGUUCCCCUCGCGGCAGGAGAGGCCCUACCCGGGCUGGGUGCUGGCCACUGGCACGUUGCUGACCCUCCUGCCCAUGCUGUGGGUCCCCAUGGUGGCACUGGUCCACCUGCUCACCCGGCACAGACGGACGUGGAAGCUGAGGGGUGCACGACCAGACUCGGACACCGACACCAACACCUACAUGGAUGUGGACAAGGACAAGUGUUGACUCAGCGAGGCACAAGGGGGCUGCGGGGCGGGACCAGCUAUGCCUCAAUACACACUCGUGCACAUUGCCCAAUGAGUCUCUGGUUGCCUCCCGGAAGACUACCUUCAUACCCAGAGGCAGUUCCUGGGCUUGGGCUGCUCCCAGGUCUGGCUUCUCACACAGGGCAGUCCUCACAGGGCGCCCUCCUCACAGGGCGGUCUGAGAGUCUCAGUACAGGCUGGAGGUCCCUGCUGUGGGGGGGUGGAGGGCUGUCUGCACAGGGGCAAGGUCAGCACAGGUGUCCAUAGUCAUCUGCCCUGGCCCCGGCUGCUCUCCCAGCAAGGUGAAGGGGGAGAGCAGCCACACCCUAGUUCUGAGUCCUGGGGGCUUGGCGUUGCCCCCCCAGCCCCCCACAGUGGCUCACAGGAGGCAAGGCCCCAGGUCUGUCUCAGCUGAGACCCCAGGACAGAUGCUCCCAGGAAGCGGGGUCUUGGUGGGGGUCUGUGUCUGGCUGGAGCUGCAGUGGAGGAAAUCAGCAGGGGCUGGCUGAAUCUUCCUGACAUCAUUUCCAGGAAACACAGCAUUUUGCCAUUUGUCUUUUCUCAGAGUAUCAAAUUUGUGUUUGUUAGGAAGGUAAAAUAGGCUGAUAUCUGGGGGUCACCCACUCACUUAUUCAUUCACUUGCAGUCUGAAUCACCCACAGCUUUGGUCUAUGCCCAGUCCCCCACCCGAUCUCAGCCACAGUUGCCCACUUUGGAGCCCUGGGAAGGAAGAAGCCCCCUAGCCCUAGCUCCUCUCUCUGCCCUUGCUCAACUCACCGGUUUCCCUCCUCCCUUCCCCCACAGCACCAGGGGUCAGGUCCAAAGUGCAGGGACACUGGACACAGGAGUCAUGGAGCCCUCAGCCUCAUGCCGGGCACAGCCGGGAAGACCCCAGCUGCUCUUGGCGCUUGAAAUAAGCCCCUGGCCUGGUACCGCUGUCCAUGGUACUGAAAACUGCAGCAACUGUCCAGGGCUCUUACCCAAUUGAAAGCAGCCCCUUCCCUGUUUAUACCUACUCUUUGGAAGCCAUCCUUACCCAGACCCCAGAGUAAACAAAAGCCCAUUCGCAGCUGCCUGCCUAUAGAGAACUGAUUGUUAAACGCGAAUUAACUCCUGAGUGCCCAUGUCCCUGCAAAGUGCAUCUUCAGCCCAUGUAGGGUGGGUCCUGCAGCAUGUCCCUCCAUCCUGCCACCAUAAUGCUUCCUACACCUGUCACAAGGUAGUAAGGACUUGAAGAGCAUGUCACACAGGGAGUCCCCUGGAUGUCAGAGCCAGCAUGAUACCCAGGGCUCAGAGCUUCACUGCAACCUCAUGCCUUAUCCCUG